CCACUGCGGAGGAGGAGGAGGAGGAAGAGGACGAGGAGGAGGAGGAAGAGGAGGAAGGUGACAGCGAUGGCUCGGAGCCGGAGGGCAGCUGCGAUGAGGAGGAGGAGGAGGAAGAGGAGGAGGAAGGUGACGUCCCCGCUGGGCAUCGGGGCUGCUCGGGUGGUCUGGAGGCGCUGAUCGCCGCCGGCAUCGACCUGGGGGAGCUGCCGGCGCUGGAGGAAGCCGAGGAGCCGCCCCCGGCCCCGCCUUCGCCUGCCCCCCACCCCUCAGGGAUCCCCGGCAUCGCCCUGCUCAGCGAACUCGCCGACCUGGAGCUGCGCCGGCGCCGCUGUGACCUGGCCAGGGAAGGUGAGGACGAGGAGCUGCUGGCCUUCAACCUGCAGAACCUGGCCACGGUGGCGGCCGCCUGGUCGCUGGUGGAGGCGGCGGGGCGGGAGGGCAGCCCCCCAGCGCUCAGCCCCCUGCCCGUGUCCCCCCCGCCCCGCGCCCGCGUCCCCCGGCGCAAGUACACCUGGACCCCCAAAACCAAGGCCGUGUGCCCGCUGAAGGCGGCCAUGGAGCAGCUCAACACGCAGGAGGUGGAGGUGCGGAUGCGCCUGGCCGAGCUCCAGCGCCGCUACAAGGAGAAGCAGCGGGAGCUGGUGAGGCUGCAGCGGCGCCACGACCACGAGCGUGACGAGAGCUCCCGCAGCCCGGCGCGGCGCGGGCCGGGCCGGCCGAGGAAGAGGAAACACUCCAGCGCUCUGGGCAGGGCUGAGAGCCGCAAGGUCAAGGCAGUGAAGACCAGCCUGUCCCUGCUGUGUGCCGAGCUACGGGGGGACCCUGAGCCCCAGAAGAAGAGGAGCAAACUGGCGGGGAGCACCUUCGGCAGCCUCCAGGGCUCCCCGCUGAAGCAGAAGGUGAAGAGCAAGGGGCUGCCUCCCGGGCUCAGCCCCUUCCGCCGGAGGGACCCCAACCCCGGUGCCCGCAUCCAGAAGAAGCUGAACCGGCCCAAGGGCUCCAAGGGCUCCAAGUACCAGGGGCAGGACCCCGGUCCCCGGCAGCCCCCCCACUUCAGAGAUGAACCCGAGGGUGACACGGACAGCGAGGAGGGGGACGAGGAGCCGGGGCUGUCACUGCCCACGGGGCCAGUGGCUGUGCUGGGACCAUCCCCGUCCUCCGUGGUGAAGAUGGAGGCCAACGAGAAGGCCAAGAAGAAAAAGGAGAGGCAGGGGCUGCUAGCAGGUCCCUGCCGCCUGGGCAGCCCCGAGGGCGAGGUGAAGAUCAAGCGGCGGCCGGUGAAGCCGGGGGCAGCCGGGAAGCUGGAGAAGGUGCCGGGCCGGCGGAAGGCCGGGGGCUGCCCCGAGGGCAGCAAGAAGAAGCUGAAAGCCAAGGCCAAGGACAGCCUGAGGCCCCCGGCCCCCUGCGGCCCCAGCCCCCCGGGACCCCCCAGCAGCCUUUUUGGGGGCAGCGACCCCCGGCUGUUGGGGCCGCGGGACGAGGGGGCUCGGCUGGGAGAGAGGGGCAAGAAGGGCACCCGCAAGAGCAAAGGGCUGCAGGCGGCCCUCAGGCGCAAGAACGGGGCGCUCUCGCUGGCCCUCUCCCCCCGGAGCGCCAAGACCAUCCUGAGCAAGGGCAAGAAACUGGCCAAGGUCAAGAGCAAAGUGGCCACCAAACAGUGCAAGGGCCGGGCCGUCAGCAAACUCCUGGAGAGCUUCACCGUGGAGGACGACUUCGACUUCGACGACAACAGCAGCUUCUCGGAGGAGGAGGAGGAGCUGGGGGGCUGCCUGGGCGGGGGGGUGCGCGGGGCGGUGCCCCACGCCUGCGCCAUCCAGAAGGAGGAUCUGCGGGAUGGGCUGCACAUCCUGAUCCCCAAGGAGGACAGCCUCCUCUACGCCGGCAGCGUGCGCACCAUCCAGCCCCCCGACAUCUACAGCAUCAUCAUCGAGGGUGAGCGGGGGAACCGGCAGCACAUCUACUCGCAGGAGCAGCUGCUGCAGGAGGCGGUCCUCGACGUUCGGCCGCAGUCCCGCCGGAGCCUUCCUCCCGGCACCCGCGUCUGCGCCUACUGGAGCCAGAAAUCGCGGUGCCUCUAUCCGGGGAACGUGGUGCGAGGCUCCUCCAGCGACGAGGAGGAGGAGGACGCCGAGGCCGUGCUGGUGGAGUUCGACGACGGGGACACGGGGCACAUCGCCGUGUCCAACAUCCGCCUGCUGCCCCCCGACUUCAAGAUCCAAUGCACCGAGCCCUCCCCGGCGCUGCUGGUGUCCAGCUCCUGCCGGCGGGCGAAGCGGGCGUGUGGCGACGUGGGCACCCCCGGGGCGCUGCCCCCCACGCUCUGCCCCGACCACGGGCCCCAGCCCUCCCGGAAUUCCGGCAGGAAGGCGGCCGGCAAGGAGAAAAGCGGCAAGGCCCUGGAGGGGCUGUCGGGGGGCCGGGGGCCGGCGCUGGGCGACCCCGCGGCCGGGCGGCGCGGAGGGUCCCUGCUCAGCUGGGCCGCCGUGGCGCAGACCAAGCGGAAGGCGGCGAACAAGGGCUCGGCCGUGCUCCAGAACCUCUUCCAGGUGAACGGCAGCGCCAAGAAGCUGCGGGCCAAGGAGAGCCUCUUCCCUCUGCACCACCACCACCACCACCUCGCCGCCCCCGUCUUCGGCAACGCCUUCGGCGCCGACUCCUUCGGCCGCAUCGCCGGCUCCUACGGCUCCUUCGGCGCCGGCGCCGGGCUGGUGCUGCCGGCGGCCCAGAAGCUGCUGCGCUCCAAGAAAGCCGAGCGCCUGGAGGCCGAGGCGGGCAGGAGCGGGCGCAGGAAGGCGACGGGCAGCGAGUUCCUGGUCAAGCUGGACCACGAGGGGGUGACGUCCCCCAAGAACAAGACGUGCAAGGCGCUGCUGUUGGCCGAGAAGGACUUUGGGGCCAGGCUGGAGCGGCCGCUGGGCAGCCACGGCUACGGACACUCGGGCCUGGGCGGCCGGGAGCGCAGGGGCCGCGCUGCCGCGCACCCGCUGCCCGUGGGGCUGGCGCUGCGCAAGUACUCGGGGCACGGGGACUUCGCCCUGAACUGCGACAGCGACUGCCACAGCUCCUACUCGGACAUGGACGAGGACGAGGACGCCGGCGGCCUCGGCGCCGACGUCCCCUCGCGCUUCAUGACGCGCCUUUCCGUGUCCUCCUCUUCCUCGGGCUCCUCCACCUCGUCCAGCUCCGGCUCCAUCUCCACGUCCAGCCUGUGCUCCUCGGACAACGAGGACUCCUCCUACAGCUCGGAGGACGAGGACUCGGCGCUGCUGCUGCAGACCUGCCUGUCGCACCCGGUGCCGGCGCUGCUGGCGCAGCCGGACGCGCUGCGGCCCAAGGGCGCCGCGCCCCAGCGCUGCUUCCUGUCCAAGGCGGCCGCCGCCGGCCCCAAGGCCAAGCUCAAGCGCAAGGAUCCCCUCAGCUUCGCCAAAGCCAAAGAGUUCUCCCGGCGGCAGCGCCUGCCCUCGGUGGAAAACCGGCCAAAGAUCUCCGCCUUCCUGCCCGCGCGCCAGCUCUGGAGGUGGUCGGGGAACCCCACGCAGCGGCGCGGCAUGAAGGGCAAGGCGCGGAAGCUGUUCUACAAGGCCAUCGUGCGGGGCAAGGAGACGCUGCGCGUGGGCGACUGCGCCGUGUUCCUGUCGGCCGGGCGCCCCAACCUGCCCUACAUCGGCCGCAUCGAGAGCAUGUGGGAGUCCUGGGCCAGCAACAUGGUGGUCAAGGUCAAGUGGUUCUACCACCCCGAGGAGACCAAGCUGGGCAAGCGCCAGAGCGACGGCAAGAACGCGCUGUACCAGUCGUGCCACGAGGACGAGAACGACGUGCAGACCAUCUCGCACAAGUGCCAGGUGGUGGGGCGGGAGCACUACGAGCAGCUGACGCGCGGCCGCCGCUGCCAGGACCGCCAGGACCUCUAUUACCUGGCGGGCACCUACGACCCCACCACGGGGCGCCUGGUGACCGCCGACGGGGUGCCCAUCCUGUGCUGACCCCCGGGGCGCCCGCCCGGCGCCGCCCCUGACGCCAAGGGCGACGCUGGGGGGACGUCGGGGGGCGUGGGGGGGGGGCUCCCCUACAAGCCAUAACUUUCCCUAGUACCUCUGACUGUUUGCCAGCAGGUGAAGCAGAAAUCAGGUGUGUUGUUCUAUUUAUUUUGCCUGUAAAUAUUGUAUUUCUUCCGGGAAGUUUUAUGGAAAA